GUUUGUGAAGUUGUAUUCGAUCUCACAUCAAAGCUCAGCUUAGAAGACAGAGAUGGUGUGGAUUCUGAAUUGGAAGCGCACUCUAGCCCCUCCACUUCGAGAGUGAAUGAUCGCCUGGACACUGAAACGUCCCCCGUGGAAUACUUUGACGAAGCAACAGGCGAAAUGAUUUCCGUACCACGAAAAACUAGCGAGGUCAAAGGUAGUAACGAAAGAAGGAGGGAAAGACGGCGGAAAGCUCAGGAGGAACUGCAAAGCGGCGGUGGCAAUGACGAUGAUUUAAAUAGGGAAUAUUACGAAAGCACGAGUGAAGAGGAGGACGAACGAAUACAGAUGAGAGAAGAUGAAAGGUUUUCGCAACCGCCCCUAUUACGAAUCAUGGAUUCCAAGAAUAAUCUCCAUGUGAUCACUAUCUGUGGAGGAGUCGUUGGUAGGCAAACCGGAUGUGAUAUUGUUAUCGAUGAUUCAUCUAUUUCGAGGAAACAAUUGGACUUUGUGUUUGUUCCGGAGAGUAAUUCAUACGUUGUGAACAAGCUUACCAACAAAGGUCAUGUCUAUCUGAAUGACUACGAACUGUUGGCAGACGAUGGACGAGAAAUUGAACAUGGUGAUAUUCUUAAAUUCGGCAAAGAAUUUUUGCGAGUUCAUGUCCAUUUUGGAAACAAUACUUGCCCUGGAUGUGAACAAGGGCUUUUGACGACUGAAACAGCCGCAGUAUCACAGUCAGUGACUGUUCCCUAUGGUGAGACUGCUCGUAGAAGAAACAUGAAAGCGCUUAAGGCCAUGUACGGAAUCAACGACUAUGCAGAAAAUGCUCGCACUCCAUAUUUUGGCCCAGACCGUGCCGCAAAACGACGGCGUCUUGUUGGCUCGGAAAUUGACGUAAAUAAGGACGUAGGCAAAGUUGAUCCGAAUGAUAUCUACGCCGGAUGUGCUGCUAAACCGGUUCCAGGUGCCGUUGUUGUGUCAAAGUUCGAUCCGGUCAAACCACUCAAUGAAGCAAACAAAGGGUUCCGCCUGCUUCAAAGUAUGGGUUGGAAAGAAGGCGAGGGGCUAGGAAAGGAUGGAAAGGGGCGACAACAACCGGUCGAAUCCAAUGUCCGUAGUGAACGAGCGGGAUUAGGCUCUACUGAACCCAAGGUCGUGCCACCAAAAAACCGGAAAGAGGCAAUCUUGGACAAAACGCGAGAACGAUACGAAAAGUUGCUCAACGAAGUCGGAGAUGAUCAAUCGUCAUAA